AUGGUCAUUAACCCUACUUACCUCGCCCAGCGCACGCGCUCAUCGGUUAACUGGAGUGAUGCGAAGAGGAGGGUCAUUCACAGCUACCGGGACUGGCUGCGGUCGGCUCCCGAGAUCCAGACCAUGUACUCACUCAACUUGCCCGUUUCUACACUACGAACCAAAAUGCGGCAGGAAUUCGAGCGGCAUCGAUAUGUAAAUCAACUCAAAACGGUGGAUGUGCUGUUAUUCAAUAGUCAUCAAGAGUUCCAGGAAACCCUCAACUUCUGGAAGCAACUAUCGCACGUCUUGAAGUACUUCCGCGCCGAAGAGGAGCCCAAGGCAAGGCUGCAGACCAACUUUAUCAACGGUUUCUUGGAGGCAAGCAUACAACUUACCUACAUAUCAUCUGUCACAAUCUAA